GCACAGGGACGACGGUCCGCUCCACUACACUGAAGUAUGGAUGUCUACAGUGAAGAAGAAGGGGGAGGGUACCACUUUGUCACAGGCUGCUAUGUAGAUUAACCUUUCAAUUAGUUGUUAUCAGGUCCUCUCUUUCUCAGCGCAAGCUUUCAACGUUCGUUUAGGGAUCAAAUACAAGAAAACCGAAUGGAUAUGCCGCUGAGUAUAUGUUGUUCGACGGUUCAAUCAUCUUGAUAAUGAAGAGGAGUAUCCGGGGGAAAAACUUGAAGAGGUAACUACCAGCAAAUAUUUACGGUUUCAUUUGGAUCUUGAAGGACUGGUUUUCCAAGUCAUUUGGUGAAGUCCUUACCAUUUGAGGAAUUUAUUUUUGUGAAGUUUCAUGCGAAUUACCUGGGAUUUACAAAUGUGAGUGUCUUGAUGCUGAGGUGGAAAAUAACUUUUUGACCUUCUCAAAGAUGUGGAUGUACCAAGGGUUUAGCCACGAGCAAGGGGAAUCUCUAUGGAUCACUUUUUCCUGAAUCUAAUUGUUUAACCAUGGUAAAACUUGCAAACCCUCUCUAUACGGAGUGGAUUCUUGAAGCAAUACAGAAGAUCAAAAGGCAAAAGCAGAGGCCUUCAGAGGAGAGAAUAUGUCAUGCUGUGUCAACAUCACACGGCUUGGACAAGAGGACCGUUCUGGAACAGUUGGAAUUAAGUGUUCACGAUGGUUCCAUUCUCAAAGUUACAAACAAGGGUAGCGCGUCGUACAAAGACCCCGGAAACCCUGGGAGAGUUGGAUCGCUCCCACCUGCAAACCACUCAGUGCCAUCAAAGGGAUCUAUAUGGAAUUCAAGUGAUCUGCGCCAUGUCGAUUGGAAUCAAGUCCUCAAGACUGCCAUCGAGGGUUUGGACGAUACUCACGGCUCGUCAUUGAAGAACAUCGAAAGAUACCUUAAAAACCAGGAUGAUCUCGGAGAUGUUCUCGACAACCCUGCCUUUCAGCAGAGGUUACGCCUGGCGGCCAAACGGGCCGUAAACAACGGCAGGUUGCUGAAGGACGGUCCACGUUACCGGCUGAACCAUGGAGGUGCAGAGGGAAGGGGAUUCAGAUGUCCUGCUGUUUCCCUGCCGUCUCUGUCUGUGACGCUGCUUCCGCACGAGAGAGACCAGCUACGAGCUGACCCAAUCCCAAUAUGCAGUUUCUGUUUGGGGACAAAAGAGUCAAAUCGGGACAAGAGGCCAGAGGAGCUGCUGUCCUGUGCCGACUGUGGAAGCAGUGGGCACCCAUCCUGUCUGAAGUUCUCCCUGGAAUUGAGCGCUAACGUGAAGAGGUUGCGAUGGCAAUGUAUAGAAUGCAAAACCUGUAGCUCCUGUCGAAUACAGGGGAAAAAUGCCGAUGAGAUGCUGUUCUGCGAUUCAUGUGAUCGGGGUUUUCACAUGGAGUGCUGCGACCCGCCGCUUUCCAGAAUGCCAAAAGGAACGUGGGCGUGCCAGGUCUGCAGGCUGAAGGAGAACGGGAAGAAGUUGUUGCAGAGAAAAGCCGAUCAGAUCAAACGUCGAUAUGCAAAGCCAACCGGGAGGCCCAGAAAUAAGCUCAAACAAAGAAUGUCUGUCAGAAGUGGUGAAGACUCCAUGAUAACACUGGGAGGAAGGGGGUCACCUGGUAGGGGUCAAAAGAAUUCCGUCUGUUCCACACCUUCAUCUGGUCAUGCUGCAUCUGUGAAGGACGCCAGAGACAGAUUGGCUGUUGCAGAGCCCUGUUGGGCGGGUGACGCCACCCAAUUCACCACCUCCACUCCCACCCCCACCCCUCCCCUCACGCCCACCUCCACCCCAGCCACACUCACCGUUAACAAGAAAACCAAAGGGCUUAUCGAUGGGCUUUCCAAAUUCUUUACCCCUUCCCCCGUGGGCCGCAGGUCGCGAGCAGUAGCCUUACACCCCUCGAAACAGCCUCGCUCUCGGGAGAAGGCCCCAUCCCAAAUACCCAGACCAUCCCAGUCGGUUGCCUUGGCUACAAACGCUACUCAAAAGCUAGCCCCGCCCCCUUGUGCGCUCCUGCCUCCUCCCACGUUGCCUGGACAAAGCCCCCCCUCCCAGGUGUCCACCACCUCCGCUAACUCUCCUCUGAGCUCUUCCAGCCUGUCUAGUGUCCCCUCCCUGGGUAGCAUCUCCAGUAACAACCAACUUAAGGGACUGUUUGACGGACUCUCGCAUAUCUUUACCACUCAGGGACAAUCACGGAAAAAGGGACUGCCUUGCUACGCCCCGCCUAAGCGCAUGCACCGUAAGCAGGACUCGACCUGCGCACUGUCCAAACCGUGUCCUCAGCGCCUUGGGAAGAGAGAGCUAAAGAGUAGGCCACGAGGCCAGUCCUCGACCGCAGGGCCUGGCCAGGGACGGGGGCGGCCCUUUAAGGUGGUCAGUCAGUUCAGGCGUAACCCCUUUUAUAAAAAGCACAGGACACUAGGCAGGCUAAGGUAUAAAGUGACCCCUCAGAAGGGAACCCCCUCGCCAGGAAAGGGAGACUUGACAGACGGAAGAAUUAAGCCAGAGCACAACCAUGGCUGUGAAGGGCAGCUGCGCGUCAAGCAGGAGACGCAGGCUGCCGUGGUGGCUGUGGCCAGGGACCACGUGACAGUGGAGGAUGUGGAGAUGUUUCAACGUGUCCAGGAGCUCUCCUGCCAGAGAACCGGAUCGUUGAUGAACCCCGACUCUGGAAGAUACCCUUCCGUCAUAGAAUUUGGGACAUAUGAGAUCCAGACCUGGUAUUCAUCGCCUUACCCACCAGAAUACUCAAGAUUGCAAAAGCUUUAUCUGUGUGAGUUCUGCCUCAAGUACAUGAGGAGCAGAACCAUCCUCCAGAGACACGGCAGAAAGUGCGGCUGGUUUCACCCACCAGCCAAUGAGAUCUACCGAAAGGAUGACCUCUCCGUGUUUGAGGUUGAUGGAAAUAUCAGCAAACUGUUCUGCCAAAACCUCUGUCUGUUGGCCAAGCUUUUUCUGGAUCACAAGACCCUCUAUUAUGAUGUGGAGCCUUUCCUGUUCUACAUCCUCACAAAGAACGAUGAGAAAGGCUGUCAUCUUGUGGGUUAUUUCUCCAAGGAGAAGCUUUGCCAGCAGAAGUACAAUGUCUCCUGCAUAAUGAUCAUGCCUCAGUACCAAAGGCAAGGAUUUGGAAGGUUUCUUAUUGAUUUCAGUUACCUUCUCACCAGGCAAGAAGGACAAGCUGGCUCCCCUGAGAAGCCCCUGUCAGAUCUGGGUCGCUUAUCCUACCUGGCAUAUUGGAAAAGUGUCAUACUGGAGUACCUUUAUAAGCACCAAGAUAAACACAUCAGCGUUAAAGGAAUAAGCAGAGCCACUGGGAUGUGUCCACAUGACAUCGCCGCUACUCUCCAGCAGCUCAGCAUGAUUGACAGACAGGAUGGCAGGCUGGUGGUGAUCCGGAGAGAGCGUCUGGUCCAAAGACACGUGGAGAGGCUGAGCACCAGGCCUCGGGUGAACCAGGUGGACCCCCAUGGCCUCCACUGGACCCCCACUGUGGCACUCAACGCUGGCCUGUCCGAGGAGGAGAGGGAGGCCAAGAUGGACGCGGAGCAUCUGAAGGAGCAGGCCAGCAGCUGGGAGGAGGAUGAGGAGGAUGAGGAGAGGGAGGUGUACACCAUGACUCACCGCCGCCGCCCCGCCACCGCCACGCUCCGCUGCAAGAACCCUUACCGCCCCUACGAGCGCCACCACGCCCCCGGGGACAGGGACCGCUCCGACUCUGAGGAUGAAGACGAGGAUGAGGACGAGGACGAGGAGUUUUCUGACGGCUCGCCUCCGAUCCUGACCAAAGCCCACGCUAUGCUCGGAGUCAAGAGAAAGAGAGCCUUCCUGGCCUUGCGGAGGCGCGGCCGCAAGCGCAAGAGGAUCAACAGCAGCGUCACCACGGAGACCAUCUCGGAGACGACGGAGGUGCUGAACGAGCCCUUCGACAACUCUGAAGACGAGAGGCCCAUGCCCCUGCUGGAGCGCACCUGCAGGCUGGGUGAGGACCUGGACGAGGCCCAGGGCGAGGCCCAGGACGAGGCCCAGAGGAAGCCGCUGAAGCGCAGGAGAGGUCGGCCUAGGCUGCAGAAAAACAUAGACAAGGCCAACCGGGAGCGCUGGAACAAAGGAGACGACGCCAUGGCGAAAAAGCCGGACAGACCUCGACCCAUGAAGCGGAAAAAGGGCUGGCCCAAAGGGGUGAAGCGAGGUCCUCCUAAGUGGCGUCUGAAGAACGAGAGAAAGAUGGGCUUCAAGCUCAACCUGUACACUCCUCCUGAGACGCCGCUAGAGCCAGACCAGCACCACAUUCAGGCCACCGAGGAACCCAAGGAGGAACCCAGCCUGGACCACAACCUGAACCCUGAGCGCCAGAGAGCAGAGCAUCAGAGGGUCGUCAAAGAGCUGAACAGUGAUCCCCGCAGAGACUCGUCGAGCCAGAAAGUGGAGCUGGAGAAGAUGAUUCCCUCAGAGGCCGACAGCCAGGACGACCAGGGUUCUACCAAGCUCAGCUCUACAGAGGGCUCUCCUAUGGCCUCUCCUGCCUGUUCUCCGGCCUGUUCUCCUGCCUGUUCUCCUGCCUGUUCUCCGGCCUGUUCUCCUGUGGGUUCCCCGGCUGGCUCGCCCUCGGAGGAGGACGUCCAAGAGGCUGUGGAACCCCUGGAGGUCGACCGUCAGGACAGCGAGCGCGACAACUCCUCCUCCUCCCCCAGACAGCUUGAACCCAGCACGGAGGGGCCGGUGGAGGAGGAGGAGGACGAGGAGGAGGAGGCGAGGCGCGUGGAAGACCAGGACGCCGACGAUGAAGACGACAGUCACAUCGACACGGCCGACUCGGAGAACGCCAAGCCGGAGCAGGAACCUUCCAGAGAGCUCCAGGAAUAUGCUUCGCCUCUUCCAGCGCCGAAAGACACCGACGACCCCGAACCAGGUCAGGAGGAGAGUGUAGCGUCCUGUAGCUCGGAGGUACCUUCCAACCCCAGAGAAGAGCACCACGAGACAACAGCAGUGGCAGUAACCACACUUGAAGCAGCAGCAGCAACAAUAACAACAACAACAAUAAUAACAGCAGCAGUAGCAACAACAGUGUCCGUGUCCCCAGUAGACUCCGAUCACCCUGGUGACUCAGAGGAGGAGUGUGCCCCCAGUCCUGCCCAGAUCCCUCCCCAGCCCCCGGCCAGGCCCCCCAGCCCGCCGCCCCCUCCCAGAGAACAGACCCCGCUCUGCCCCGAGAUCGACACGGAGACGGCCCGGGCCGCCCAGUCUCUGACCCGGGAGACGGAGCCCCCCGAGAGCAGCGUGUUCCAGGACUGCGUGGAGACCCAGGAGGCCUGCAGGAACCUCCAGACCUACGGCCACGGGGCUGCCCACAGCCCCCAGCUGGCCCCCGCCGACGACUGCCCCCAGUCGGACCACAGCAGCCCCCUCUCCUCGGCCCACUCUCACCCCAGCCAGUCGGUCCGCUCCGUCAGCAGCCCGGCCGUGUCCCUCCUGGAGAGUGGAGGCUACACCCAGAUCAGCCCUGAGCACGGGGCGGGCAUCUCAGUGGCCUCGCUCCACAACAUGGAGACCAGCCCCAUGAUGGACGUGCCGUCCGUGUCGGACCACUCGCAGCAGGUGGUGGACAGCGGCUUCAGCGACCUGGGCAGCAUCGAGAGUACCACUGAGAACUACGACAACCCCAGCAGCUACGACUCCACCCUGGGGGGCAGCAUCUGCGGGGCGGGCCCCUCCCAAAACAGCUGCUCCUACGGCAGCCUCCCGCCCAGCGGCCUGGCACAGAGCAGCUGCGCCGUCAGCCAGCAAAUGGCCGCCGUCAACCCUGGUGGCUGCGGCAUGAUCCAGCAGAACAGCCUGAGCUCUCCGCAGCACUGCAAUGUCAAGUCACCCCAGGGCUGCGUAGUGGUAGAGAGGCCGCCGAGCAACAGCCAGCACGCCCAGCACGCCCAACACGCCCAGCAGCUCACCCAGCUGAACCCCCACAGCAGACUCCUCUCUCACAAUCAGCACAGCCAACACAAUCAGCUGCACCAGCACGGCCAGCUCCACCUCCACAGCCAGCACAGCCACCAUCACAAUCACCACCUCCAGCACAAUCAGCACGCCCAGCACUCCCAGCACAGUCAGCACGCGCUCCACAGUCAGCACAGCCACGCCCACGCCCAGCACAGCCAGCAGCAGGGCAUGGCUCAGUGCGGCAUGCCCACCAACUUCGCUACCCCCAUGCAGCUGGCUGACAUCCCUGAGUCGGGCAAUGCCAACCUGGCCAUCUACGAGAGGAUGAACCAGGGGGAGUACGCCAGCGCUCACUACUCCCAGCCCUCGGCCACCUUCAGCCUGGCCAAACUGCAGCAGCUGACCAACACCCUGAUGGACCACCCUCACUCGCUGCCUUUCAACCACUCGGCCUCGCACCCCAUCACAUCCUAUGCAAACAGUGCCUCCUUGUCAUCCCAGCAUUCGGGCCUAGUGUCCCUGUCCCAGGCCCCCCACGGUCACGGGGUCUCCGCCCCCCAGGUGCAGGCCACCAUGACUCCUCCCCCCAGCCUCGGCUCCUCCUCCUCCAUGAUGCUGCAGCGCAACAUGAACAUCCCUCCCCCCUCUCAGAGGAUCCAGACCCAGAUGGCUCCCAAGAGCCACCUGUCCAUACGCUCCAAGUCUGCCCCGCUGUCCCACCACCACCACCACCACCACCACCAGCAGCAGCAGCAGCAGCAGCAGCAGCAGCAGCAGAUGUACGGCCGGCCGCCCCCCCAGUCCGUCUCCAUGCAGGCCCCCUCCAGGACCCUGGCAGCCAUGCCCCGCAUGAACAUGGGCGUGAACAUCAUGCCGGCGCCAGCCUACAACGUCAACUCCAUGAACAUGCCCACGCUCAACGCCAUGAACGGAUACCGUAUGAGCCAGCCCAUGAUGAACAGCAGCUACCAUGGCAACCACACCGCCUACAUGAACCAGUCUCCCCAGUACUCUAUGCAGAUGGGGAUGAUGGGAACACAGCCAUAUCCCCAGCAGCCAAUGCAGGCUCCGCCACAUGGCAACAUGAUGUACACUCCAGCUGGUCACCAUGGCUACAUGAACACUGGCAUGACCAAACAGACCCUCAAAGGGCCUUUCAUCAGACGGUAACUCCCAAUCCAACUGGACGGUUCUCACGUGCAUUUACUAGUCCCAGAUGCACAGAUUUGGCCUUUUGUUUUUGUCAUUUGUUGAUAAUUACGUAAAACCAGCACUUGGAAAGAAUGCAAAAAGCUUCAUCAAUAAGUCGACUUUUUAAGCUAUGUAAAAGUAUUUUUGUUCCUACAGAUGGGAAGCCUUACAUCAUAAAUAUGAAAUUCUAUUUAAUUAGUGUUGGUGUCCCUCAUGUCUCCUAGGAGCUGGUGGGUUUCCAGGGGA